UGAAUAUCAUUUAUUCCCCACAAUUACUCCAAACAUCCUCAUCGGAGUUUCGUUCAUUUACGUGACUCUGAGAUUAAAAAAACCUUGAAGAACAACCUUAUGUUUUCCGGCGCCAAACAUCCUCAUCGGAGUCUCGUUAAUUUACGUCGACUCUGUGAUUAAAAAAAAACCUUCAAGAACAGGCUUAUUUUUUCCGGCGCACCCUGGUAAUGAACCCUGGCAUGAGUAGUACAGGCGAAUCGGCGACAAAAAAUCCAAGUCCGCCGAUGCACGGUGCAAAAAAAAUUCACCAGGAAGGUUUGCUAUGUAGACACAUGUACUACGUGUUGCGGUGGCUGAAAGUUGAAAAGAUUCCGGAAAGAUACAUUUCUAAUCGGUGGUGCAAAUCUUAUAUGUUAUCUACACCGCAAGAUACGUCAGUUUCUUCGGCAACCCAAGUAAUUGGUAAGCAUGAUUUAUUCCAGGUUGUUAGCAAAUGUAUUGGUCAUGUAUCCGGUGAUCAAGAUUUGAUGAAGCAGUUGUUGGGUGCAUUCAUUGAAGUUGAGAACAAGUUUGGAAAGCUAGGAAACAAGAAUCCCACGAGAAAUUCAAAUAAUUUGAUAUUUGAGGAGUUCUAUGGGUCUCUACAACCUGAGGUGCCUACUGUGCUUCCUCCUGCUGUUGCUAAAACUAAAGGUAGUGGAGCGGGUGGUCGUAGGAAAUCGAACAAAGAGAAGGCAGUCAUUCUAGCUCAGAAGCCUAUGCGGAACUGCAAAAGAUGUAAAAUAAUGGGACACCACGACUCUCAGAAUUGUCCUACAAAGGCCAUUUUGAACCCAUGAAGUUCUUAGUUAAUCAUUGUUCUUAGUUGUUUCUAUUUGUUUUUGAAAUAGACUUUUUGAUUUGUUGAAUCUUUGUUCUUUUGAGUUUUGUUAUUUUUGUUUGCGACAUUUAAUUUUUUUUAGCGCUCUAUUUUAUUGGUUGAA